ACGGUUGUUUUUGUUCUCUAAGCAUUAGCUAGCUCUCAUUGCCUAAAGGGAACCAUAACAAUUUUGGAGGAAACUUGAUUAAGUCCGAGUGUUGUAAGUAAGUACACUCACGACCCGAGCCUUUGCACACGCAUACUAUUCUUUGAACUGAAAAGGAGGAAUCGUCACCCCUGACCCCCUCCCUAAAUAGACACCAUGACGAUUCUUCCGAAGAAGAAACCGAACUCAACUGUCGGUGUUUCAGACCACUCCGACGAAUCGGAUAGACGCGCCGGUUCCGAUCCUCACCAACACACACAUGCGGUACGGACAGGUGCGAGGCCUAGAGCUUCGCCGCCGCCUUGGUCAUAUCAAGCCGCUCCUCCUUCGUCAAGAGAGGACAGACGGAAUGAAUCAAGCACCCGGCCGCAACAGGCCUCCCCUCCACCCGUAGGAUCCGUGUCCCCUGUCGGUCCGGGAGAUGGAACUGGAAUCGGUGGAAUUGCCUGCGUGUCAGGAGGACGCGGAGAGCUGUCAGGUAGUGUUGGCUGUGGUGGUAGCAUUGGAAGUUGUUGUUCAGGACCUGGCCUCAGCAAGAGGCGGCGACAAACAACUUGCUCCGGUGGAGUAGCCGGUGGUGGGACGCCCGGCGUGUCCGGGAGUGGUGGAGUGGGUCCAAGCCCAGAUUCUGAAGAAGGGGCUGGUUACAAUAGUGAAGACGAAUACGAGAAUGCUUCCAGGCUACAAUCAAUGGACCCAGCAACAGUUGAACAGCAGGAGCACUGGUUUGAGAAGGCACUCAGGGAAAAGAAAGGAUUUGUCAUCAAAAAAAUGAAGGAAGACGGCGCCUGCCUCUUCAGAGCUGUCGCUGAUCAGGUGUACGGAGACCAAGACAUGCAUGAAGUUGUUCGUAAACACUGCAUGGAUUACUUAAUGAAAAAUGCAGAUUACUUUUCCAAUUACGUGACAGAGGACUUCACUACAUACAUCAACAGGAAAAGAAAAAACAAUUGCCAUGGGAACCACAUUGAGAUGCAGGCAAUGGCAGAAAUGUAUAAUCGACCAGUUGAGGUUUAUCAGUAUAGCACAGAACCAAUCAAUACCUUCCAUGGGAUCCACCAGAACAACGAUGAACCAAUCAGAGUUAGUUAUCAUCGAAAUAUUCACUAUAACUCUGUGGUGAACCCCAACAAAGCCACCAUUGGAGUUGGGCUUGGACUUCCCGCCUUUAAACCGGGGUAUGCAGACCAGUUACUUAUGAAGAAUGCCAUUAAAACAUCAGAGGAGUCCUGGAUUGAGCAACAAAUGCUUGAGGAUAAGAAGAGGGCUACAGACUGGGAGGCCACCAAUGAGGCGAUUGAGGAGCAGGUGGCCAGGGAGUCUUACCUGCAGUGGCUUCAGGACCAAGAGAAACAGGCACGGCAGGUGAGGAGGCGCAGACCUCGGAAGGCCAGUGCCACCUGUAGCUCGGCCACAGCUGCGGCCUCCAGUGGCCUGGAGGAGUGGAGUGCCCGUUCCCCACGGCAACGUAGCUCUGCUCCCUCUCCAGAGAACCCUGACACAUCCCAUUCAGAUACAACCACUAAGCCACCCUCCCCGGCUGGAGCUGCCCUCAUAAUUUCCAAGCCGCCUUCACCUUGUGCCCCAGGACCCAGCAACCAGGCAUGUGUUGGACCAGACAGACCCACUUCCUCUUCGCUGGUGUCUCUGUAUCCUGCGCUGGACUAUCGAGCUAUCAUGCAAGAAAUGUCACCCACUGCCUUUGGUCUAACAGAUUGGGAGGAUGACGAGAUUUUGGCCUCUGUUUUGGCCGUUUCACAACAAGAGUACCUCGAUAGCAUGAAGAAAAAUGCAAUGCAUAGAGAACCUUCUCCGGACAGUAGUUGAUACAGAAGCUGGAGAACACACGCUGCCUCCAUCCUUAGAGGAGACAGAAAACGGGGAUCAAUCCAAUCACAUUCUCUCCCAUCAUCCUAAACCUAUCAUCUCUGUCUCUCUUUUUCCAUCCCCCCAUCACCUCCUCUUCCGUCAUCCAUCAAUAAAGUUCUAUCAUUAAAAGACUCCUCAGCAUCUUCCUUUCUAAUGCCAUUGACGCCAUUGGACUUCUUUAGGUGCAUGUUUAAGUGAACACAACUGAUAUUGUCAUAGAAAACACAAGGAAACGUUGCAAAAGUGUCAUGAUGUCCACUUUAUCUUCUUAAUAAGUAAUUAAUAUA